UUUAGCAAUUUUUCAGUUUUUCUCAAUUUUUCACGAUUUCAAACAUUUUCAGGCAUCUCAAUCUAUUUUAAGACGAAUGACUGAUAAGGGUUUCCCUGAAUUCUUGAUUUCACCAGCUUCUUCCACGUUAUGAUUUUAUAUGAGCGUAAAAUAGAACAAGAAAGACUAUUCCAUGAAUAGUGCAUAGACUGCAGUGGUGGACUUAUAGGGACAAUAAAAUAAUAUGCAAUGGACAAACAAGAGUUGGAGCGGACGAUGGGUGUACGGGGUGCUGUUGUUAAUGAUAUGUGCAUUAGCAGCUGCACAGGAUAUCGGUAAUCCAUACGAGAUUUUAGGCGUCCACCGCAGAGCUACGCUGCCCGAAAUUCGCAAGGCUUACAGACAGUUGGCGAAAGAAUGGCAUCCAGAUAAAAAUGAAGACCCAAAUGCGGAAUCACGCUUUGUUGAAAUCAAGCAGGCAUAUGAACUGCUAUCUGACAUGGAACGGCGGCAGGCAUAUGACCUUUAUGGUAUAACCAAUGAAGAUGAACAUAUGUACAAACAACGACAUGAUUACAGCCAAUAUGCAAGGUUUAGCAAUGACCCGUUCGAGGAAUUCUUUGGCACGCACUUCCGAACACAAGACCAAGAUAUUACACUGUUCCACAAAUUGUCUGUCACAGCACGACAUUUUGAGAACCACAUUAUGGAGAAAAGUGUACACACACCAGCAUUAGUUCUCUUCUAUACGGACUGGUGCUUUGACUGUGUUCGUUCCGCUGCAGCUUGGAGAAGGCUGGUGGAAGCGCUGCAGCCAUUGGGUAUCACCCUGGCUACAGUUCACGCAGGACAUGAGGCAGCUUUGGCUCGACGUGUAGGCGUACACGGAGUGCCAUGUCUCACUUUUGUUAUUGAUAAACAAGUCUACAUUUAUAAGGAAAGUUUGGGAUCUAUGCCCAAGAUAUUGGAGUUCGUCCGUUGGAAGUUCCCAUACAAGUUGGUGGUGAAUUUAAACGACUAUAAUGUAGACGCGUUUGUAAGCGAUUUCGAGGACAACCGCGUGAAAGCACUCAUCUUCGAGGAGCGGCCCAACAUCCGACUGAGAUAUCUUAUCACCGCUUUCCAUUAUAGAGAGAGGGUGUCAUUUGCUUUCGUGGACAUGACGUCGCGGGAGAGUGGGAACGUUACGUCACGGUUCAAGGCGCAGCGCAAUGUAGACAACAUGGUGCUGCUGAAGGAGGAUAGCGCGGUGCCGGCCGCCAGCGUCAGCACCGCGGAGAUACCUACACAGACGUUGCGUCAGCUUAUCGACGCCAACAGGCUGCUCACCCUGCCGCGGCUCUCCUCGCAGAGUGUGCUAGAAGCUGCGUGCCCGGUGGAGUGGCGCGCGGCGCGGCGGCGGCUGUGCUGUGUGGCGCUGGGUCCGCGCGGCGUGGCGCUGGAGGAGCUGCGCGCGCUGGCUCGCGACGCGCCCGACCGGCUGCGCUACGCGUACGUCUACACGCACGCACAGCCUGACUUCGUGCGCGCACUCGCCAACGGCUCCGGUAUAGAUAUAUCGGAGAUGGAGCACCGUAUCGUAGUGAUCUGGAGACGGGAGCCGACUCGCAUCCAGUACGAGUGGCUGAACGAGACGUGGCCGACGUGUGCGGCGUGCGGCGCGGGGGGUGCGGCCGGUGCGGGGGGCGACGGGUACGAGGCGACACGAUACCAGCAGAGGCUCAACGACACCAAGAGAGCACUGGAUAAUCUCAUCAAGCGACUACUCAAGCCCACCGAGAUGAUGGCAUACGAGACACAUGUACAGGAGCUGGUUGACGAGGCGGCGCGCGGGGCGGCGUGGCGCGCGCUGGCCCGGCUGUGCGAGUGGGCGGAGCGCGCGGCGCUGGCGCUGCGCACGCACCACGCCCUCUCCGCACUCUCCGUGCUCGCUACUGUCGCUGUCGUGCUCGCCGCCGGAUAUCUCAUGGCCUAUCUCAUACGUUUGGAAGAAGAAUCCGUACAGAAGCAGAAAGAAGAACGAAGACGACAAAACGGCGGCAGCAAGAAAGUAAUGAACGAGCCUUCACUAGAACUGAGGCUGCAUGAGCUGCGAGCUGAGAAGUACAAUGGUCUGGUGCGUUUAAUGAAGCCCGGCUGCCGCACGAUCGUGGUGCUGGUGGACCUGCAGAGCCGUGUGCAGCUGCUCUCUAAGUUCCACAAGAUCGUGUGGCCAUAUCGCAAGAAUAAGACGCUGGUGUUCGCGUACCUGUGCGUGGAGCGCAACGUGGAGUGGUUCCGGCGCGUGCUGCAGCUGUCGCUGGGCGGCGGCGAGCUGCGGGUCAACGCGCGCAACUGUGUCGGCACCGUGCUCGCCCUCAACCCGCACCGCAAGUACUUCUGCAUCUACCACGCCAAGCAUCCGGAGUGCGCCAAGCCGCACAAGCGCAUGAGCCGCAUGACGCGCUCGCUGGGUGGCUGGGCGGCGGACCCUGAGGCAGGAGCCUUCAUCGGCUUCCACACCGAGCCCGACUCCUCCUCUGACGAGGCGCCCGACCCACCUGUAUUACUGCAAGAAAAUCUCCUAGACGGUCUCCCGAACUGGUUGGACCGACUGUUCGAGGGCAGCACCCACCGCUACUACAUCAACUACUGGCCCGACAUGACCUCCAAGUGAGGACCAGCUGCGCAGCCAACACCUGGCUGAUGAUGGAACUUGUAUCAGCUCAAAAGCUGAUCAUCUUGGGUAUGUUACACUUUAUUCUCGUUAACCGGUAUUUAAUAGCAUAGAUUAAUUAAAUGUUGUAUAUGGCAACUAUUUUUCUUUGUCUAUGGUGUACUCUAGCGGAAUAUCUAUGGUUUGUAUAAUCUGGUUAUUUGAUAUUUGUAUAUUGGUUUGUUAAGUGUAUACGGUUUUCUCUUUUUUUAUUAUAUGAAGGGUUUGUAACGUGACAUAUUUUUGUCCUAUAAAUAAUUUAUGCCAAAGAUUUAAAUACAUAGUUAACGAUGUGUAGUCAAUAUGUUCUUUGUCAAAAUGUGUUUUUAUUGUACUUUUAUGUUAAUAACGAUAAAAGUGGAAAAUGUUGUCUUGUCAUUUUUAUUGUUUUAUAUUAAUUACACAUUUAUUUCGUUCAAAAA